AGUAUUCUUUAUCAGUUUAUCUUGAUCUCUGAUUAAAUCGGUGAAUAUCUAUUGAGGGUUUGCAUUUACGUCUCCGUUGGGAGUGAUCUUGUUCGAUGGUUAUGUGGGUCAACGCUCCUUGGUUCGACGAAUGCAGAUUAACACUUGAGCAGUUUCUAAUCUAUAGAUUGCUGGAUCAUUAACUCAAGGUGCCUUCGCUGUUGCUAACGCUGGCUGAUAUUGAAGGUAUCUUGAAUUGCCUAUGUUGGUUUCUUAAAAGUUUAAUGUCAACCAUUUAAAUGGAGAGAAGGACAGGAAGUAUUGCAAGCCAGUUGUUCGGCAGUUUAUGUAGUUUUUGGAGAAGAUGCAUUUUUUGUGGUUUAUCUGUUGGUCGUGUGCCAGAUCAUGUUGCUUUCAUCAUGGAUGGAAAUCGAAGGUAUGCCAAGAAGAGAAAGAUGGCUGAAGGUGAUGGCCGUAAGGCUGGAUUUUCGGCUCUCCUGUCUAUGCUGAGGUAUUGCUAUGAAUUGGGAGUGAAGUAUGCAACUGUAUAUGCAUUCAGCAUUAAUAACUUCAAAAGGCAGCCAAAAGAGGUUCAAUCUCUAAUGAACUUGAUGCAAGAAAAGAUUGAGGAAUUGCUUCAAGAAGACAGUAUUAUCAACGAAUACGGUAUUAGAUUACAUUUCAUUGGCAACUUGCAACUACUGACCGAACCAGUCCGGGCUGCAGUAGAGAAGGCAAUGAGAGCAACUGCUCACAACAACCAGAGGGUGCUUUUACUUUGCGUGGCCUAUACUUCACGUGAUGAGAUUGUACGUGCUAUUCAAGAAUCCUGCAAGGAUAAAUGGAGUGAAGAUCAAGCAUCAAAAGAGGCCAAGAGUUCAAAUGGUGUGAUGACAAGAAUUGAUGAGGGUCUGAAGGGAAAUAGCAUUUACAUACUUGAUCAACAUUCUUGCAAAGACUAUUUAAAUGAGGCCAAAGCUUGUGGUACUAGCCAAGGUGGUAAAGAUGAUGGAGGUAGAGCUUAUCAGUUUGUACAUGCUAUUAAACAACGCCAUAAUUAUUGCAAUGGGGUGACUGAUAGUAGUGAGUGGAUUAGGUAUAAGGAGGGUGAGCUUCCUACUAUAAAAGUAGUUGACAUCGAGAAGCAUAUGUACAUCUCAGUAGCACCUGACGCGGACAUCUUGAUCCGAACUUCUGGGGAGACAAGACUCGGCAAUUUUCUUCUUUUGCAGACUAGUACCUGUCCGUUGUAUGCGCCAGCCGCACUUUGGCCGGAAAUAGGCCUGCGGCACCUGGUCUGGGUAGUACUGAGCUUUCAGAGACAUCUUUCUUAUGUGGAAAAGAUAAAGAAGCAAUCUUCAUUUAACGCUCGUAGCCAAAAAAAAAAGUGUAGAUUAUCUUUUGGCAAAAUUGUUACCCUUUCAUCUAUUUUUUGUCUUUACUGGUAUCUUAUCUUUCUCUGGUCAGUCUUGGAACAUAUUUGCACACAAUUUUAACUAUUUGUGUGGCUGUGGUGUUACCAUUGCCAGUGUUUAAUAAAGUUUAUUAAUACAAUCAUUUGGAAAUUAGAUGUC